CCUCUUCUCUGCAGGGGCGUGCGCCAUAUAAGUAAACAAGAAGUAGUAGAAGUGUAAUAGUAUUGUAUAUAUGAGAGCAGCAAAAACUUAUUGUGAUUUUGACAUGUUUUGAUAUACGUUAUUCAACAAUUAAGGGAAUCUAUUAGAUUAGUAUUAAUAAAUUGUAAAAAAUGUUGUCCGAGAGAGAUUACGCGCCCCUCAGUGCGGCAUGCGUUCGUUCUCUCAAUGAUAAGUUGUAUGAAAAACGGAAACCAGCCGCCCUCGAAAUCGAGAAGAUGGUGAAGGAGUUUGCAGCUCACAAUAAUACUGUGCAGAUAAAGAGACUGUUAAAAGUUCUUGGACAAGACUUUGCAACUUCACAGAAUCCACAUGCACGCAAAGGUGGCUUAAUAGGUCUUGCAGCAAUUGCUGUUGGCCUUGGAAAGGAUACCAGUCAAUACAUAGAGGAUUUGAUUCAUCCAAUUUUGGCAUGUUUCUGUGAUGCAGAUUUAAGAGUCAGAUAUUAUGCUUGUGAGAGUUUGUACAAUGUAGUUAAAGUAGCAAGAGGUGCAGUAUUACCUCAGUUUACAGAUAUUUUUGCUGCUCUUAGUAAACUGGCCUGUGAUUCUGAGCAGAAUAUAAAAAAUGCUACUGAAUUACUUGAUAGAUUAAUGAAGGAUAUUGUGACAGAAAGUGGUCUCUUUGAUUUAGUUGGAUUUAUGCCCUUAUUGAGGGAGCGUAUUUAUACUAAAAAUCCAGUUGGUAGACAAUUUGCAAUAUCAUGGAUAUCAAUGUUGGAUGCAGUGCCUAACAUGGAUUUCAUUAUAUUUUUGCCUGAAAUACUUGAUGGAUUGUUCAGAAUAUUGGAAGAUCCAACACCAGAGAUAAAGAAAAUUACAGAUACUGUUCUUGGUGAAUUUUUACGCAGCAUAAAGACCAAUCCUGCAAGAGUGGAUUUUUCAGCCAUGAUAAAUAUAUUGAUUACACAUGCUCAAAGUUCAGACGAAUUACUUCAAUUGACUGCCAUCACUUGGAUAAAAGAGUUUGUACAAUUAUCUGGGCUUCUUAUGCUUCCAUACAUGUCUGGCAUUCUUGUAGCUGUUUUACCAUGUUUGGCUUACGAUGGUGACACUCGGAAGAGUAUUAAAGAAACAGCAACGCAAGUAAAUGCUAAUUUAAAAUUAGUAAUAAUAAAAAAUACAGAGAUUACAACUAAAAAGCAAGAAUAUAAUAUAGAUCUCAAAAAGAAGAACGAUGAUUCACAAAGUUCCCUAGAUGAAAAUUUAGAUCUUGCUAGUGUCGUGGAAGUACUUACAAAAUAUUUACUCUAUGUAUCAGUCCAAACAAAAGUUGCAGUUUUAAAAUGGAUACAUCAUUUAUUCACAAACAUUCCAUAUAAAAUGUUCCAUCAUAUCGAGGAUUUAUUUCCAAUACUAAUGAAAUCUUUAAGUGAUACUUCUGAUGAAGUCGUGCAACAGACUCUAGUAGUAAUGGCUGAGAUUAUUAGUUCCAAAUCCUCAGAAGCAGCAAUGACAGAUUCUGACACAAAGAUGCAGAAUAAAUAUUUCACAAAAUUUAUAGUCAAUUUAUUGAGACUUUUCUCGACUGACAGACAUUUAUUAGAAGAACGAGGCGCAUUUAUCAUAAGAGAAUUGUGUGUACUUUUGAGUGCUGAGGAUAUAUAUAAGACACUAGCCAAGAUAUUAUUGGAAGAACAAAAUCUAAGUUUCGCAUGUACAAUGAUACAAACUCUGAAUGUUAUCUUACUAACUAGCUCGGAGUUAUUUGAUCUACGAAACAAGCUUAGGCAUUUGGACUCUCCAGAGAGCUGUGCAUUAUUUGAAUGCUUGUAUGUGUCAUGGUGUCAUAAUCCGGUUGCAACAGUAGCCUUGUGUUUUCUAUCUCAGCAUUAUCGACACGCGUGCAACAUUAUUCGAUCUUUUGAAAACAUUGAAGUCACAGUGGAAUUUCUUACAGAAAUAGAUAAAUUAGUGCAAUUAAUAGAAUCACCAAUUUUUACAUAUCUAAGAUUGCAUUUGUUGGAGUGGGAAAAAAACGAUGCUUUGAUAUACGCAUUAUAUGGUUUACUUAUGAUCUUGCCACAAAGUGAAGCCUACGCCACUUUGCAACGUCGUUUAGCAGCAAUACCUCCGGCUACAAAACCUAUCCCCAAAUCGGAAAAGGAGAAAACGAACGCUAAUUGUCCGUUUGAUUUUAAUAAACUAUUGCUACACUUUCACGUAAUUCAAGAACAGCAUAAAGAACACAAACGUAAACAAAGAUUGAAUUCCUUAGUCGAAAAGAAUGUUAGUCAUAUAGAUGUGUGAGCGCAUGUUUGUUACUAAUUGCGUAAAAGUACAUAUGACAUUACGUACAAUAUAUAUAAAUGAUAAUAUGUGUGACUGAAUUGUUAACUUUUUACUCAACUUGUAUACAUUAUAGCGUGCGCACACGUCUUUAGCUUUGCUAUAAAGAUAUUUAUUAAAGAAAAUGUGCAAUAUGAACUAGUUAAAAAUAAAUGAUCAUAUUAUUUUA